GAAUUUUUCAGCGUUUUUUCGUUGACUUCUUUAACUUAUUCACUCUUUUCUCUUUACUCUUCACUCUUCUCUUCACUUCCUUCACUAAUGUCGAUCAAAAUCCUCGUGGUCAAUCCUAACUCCUCCCAGAAAGUUUCGGACAACUUGGCAAAAAUCUUGAGUGCACCUCCACUGGUGGAGUUCACUUUUUAUACUGGUCCAGCUUCAGCACCGAAAGAAAUCAACGGGACUCAAACUUCAAUUGAAUCAGAACAGGUUGUUUUGCCAGACUUACUUGACAAGAACGUCAUUGAGAAAUACGAUGGUUUCUUGAUUUGCUGCUAUUCGGAUCAUCAUUUAAUCCAUUCUUUAGGGAAACACACCAAAAAGCCAAUCUUGGGAAUCAUGCAAGCUACAUUACUCUACAGUCUCCUGAAUCCGUCCUUGCAUAAGCUGUUCAUACUCACCAGUGUGAGUGAAUGGGAACCUCUUUUGGAUCAAGCAAUCAUUGAUUUUAUUGGAACCAGUCAAGAGUUCCCUACUAAAAAAUUCCAAAAAACCAAAGCACUCAAUGUCAGUGUUUUAGACUUGAGCAACGAAGAGGAGUUUGCUAAAAUCAAGAAUCAAGUUGAUCAUUUUGUUAAUGUAGAAUAUGCUAAUGAUCAUAUAGAUUGCAUUUUAUUAGGUUGUGCCGGUAUGGCUGGUCUUGACUCCAAAUUGAGCCAGGCUUUCCCCCAAAUUCAAUUCAUCGAUAGUGUUAAAGUCGGAGUAGAGUUCCUUACUAGCAUUAUAAGGUUCAAUAAGGAGAAUAUCCUUUCUUAAAAUAGUAUAAUAUAGCUAUUUAAUAGAAAAUAAGACCC